GCAGAAACAUGGCGGAAAAUUUGAAAGAUUGCAGUGUGCCCUGUAAGAUGUCCUGGGAGGAGCUGGAGGCCCUGUGUCGCAGAGAGAGGCUUCACUGUAAAGAGCUCGGAGUGAACAGAGCCAACGCCAAUGAGUAUGAGGUGGAGUUCCUCUGUGACUACAAGAAGAGUAAGGAGGAGGAGUUCUACUUGGUGAAGUGGAGGGGGUUCCCUGAGUCGGACAACACCUGGGAACCCAAGAGGAACCUCAGAUGCCCCAAACUGAUGAAGCAGUUCCACCUGGACCUUGAUCAGGAGCUGAGGCGCCACAAGAGACGCUGCAUCCCUAAAAAGCUAGAUAAGGAGGUGACCUCAGUCCUCAUCCAGAAAGCCAAACUCCGUCAGAGUCUGCAGCGCUGGGAGGCCCAUUUGAACCACACUCGCAACCACCCAGGUCGCAUUUUUGUCAUGAAUGAAGUGGACCUCGAGGGCCCCCCAAAAAACUUCACCUACAUCAACAACUACAAAGUAGGCCAGGGCAUAGUGUUGGAUGAGAUGGCUGUGGGCUGUGAGUGUAAGAACUGUUUAGAUGAGCCGGUGAAUGGGUGCUGCCCCGGGGCCUCCUUGCACCGUAUGGCCUAUAACAAUAGGGGGCAGGUUCGGAUCCGGGCGGGACAGCCCAUUUACGAGUGCAACUCUCGAUGCAACUGUGGUCUUGAUUGUCCCAACAGAGUGGUGCAGAAGGGCAUCCAGUUUGACCUGUGCAUCUUUAAGACGGAGAAUGGCAGGGGAUGGGGUGUCCGCACCCUGCAGCAUAUCAAGAAGAACACAUUCGUCAUGGAGUACGUAGGAGAGAUCAUCACAACAGAUGAAGCAGAGAGGAGGGGUCACGUAUACGACCGCCAAGGCUCUACAUACCUGUUUGACCUGGACUACGUGGAGGACGUGUAUACAGUGGAUGCUGCUCAUCUCGGCAACAUCUCCCACUUUGUCAACCACAGCUGUAACCCCAACCUUCAGGUCUUCAACGUGUUUAUUGACAACAUCGAUGAGAGGCUCCCGAGAAUCGCUUUGUUUUCAACACGGGCCAUUCGUGCAGGAGAGGAGCUCACCUUCGACUACAAAAUGCAAAUUGAUCCUGUCGACACAGAAAGCACCAAAAUGGACUCCAGUUUCAGUCUAGCGGGGCUCCCCAGCUCUCCCAAGAAGAGGAUUCGAGUGGAGUGUCGGUGUGGAUCAGACUCUUGUAGAAAGUACCUGUUCUGAUGACAAACUGUCAUUCUGUAAAGAUGUGGAAAAUUGUACAGACUUUUAAAUGAAUUAUUAUUUUCCUUUUGUUUAUGAAAGCUGAAAUCCACCAUCAACAUUUGACCAUGACAGACAAAACAAAAAAAAACACAGUCCAGUUUCAUAUCUGUGAA